AAUUAUUUUGUACUUGCUCAGAAAUCAGAAGAGCUACACCAGGAAGUUUUCCGGAAGUAAAUUAUUCUCACAUCCCCCUAACUACAUUCGUGGAGAAAUAAUCUAAAGUUGGUGUAUAUAGUGACAUUUUUAAGAUGCCGGCUUAUCACUCGCAGUUUUUGAAUCCGCCAAAGUUGAUAGGCAACAUGGCGCUGCUUCCUAUACGUACACAGUACAAAGGCCCUGCACCUAAAGACACCACAGACUAUGAUAUCAUUGAUGAAGCCAUCUAUUUUUUCAAAGCAAAUAUUUUCUUCAGGAAUUAUGAAAUCAAGAGUGAGGCAGACAGAACUUUGAUCUAUAUCACUUUGUAUAUAAGUGAAUGUCUUAAAAAACUUCAAAGGUGUUCGUCACGCAGUCAAGGAGACAAAGAGAUGUACACAUUAGGCAUUUCCAACUUUCCAAUUCCUGGCGAGGCUGGCUUCCCAUUGAAUGCAAUGUAUGUCAAGCCAGCAAAUAAAGCAGAAGAUGAUACUAUGAGGCAGUACCUUCAACAACUGAGGCAGGAAACUGGAGUCAGGCUUUUAGAUAAAGUCUUUGAUGCCACAGAUAAGCCAAGCAAGUGGUGGCUGUGCUUUGCCAAAAGGAAGUUUAUGGACAAGAGUCUUUCAGCUCCAGGAUAUUAAAAAUGGCAGCAUUUGUUUUUUUUUUUAAUGGGGGUUCUAGUAGUCCAAUAUUUAAUCUUAUAUUACCUGGCACUAGACGUUAGUUGUAUCCAAAAUAUUGUUAAUUUAAUGGCAAGAAUAAAAUUUUGUCAAUCACUUCAGCUAAAUUAGCAUUAUGGUAUUUACUGUUUUACAUGUUUUAAAACAUGUCUCUACUGUUUUGCAUGGAAUGACUGGUGUGUGAAUCAGAUUGCUAUAAAUAUGCAAGUCUAUGUUAAUUCUAAGGAAAAGCCUGCAUCUGUGUUAGCCUUACUUUCUGUUAACGUAGGUAAUUAUGUUCUGGUAGAUUGAAGAGCAUGGAUGCUUAUGAAUCCUAUCACACCUUAUUUGAUUUGAAAAAAUAAUUUAUUACCAGUGCUAGUGUAAAGAGGAAACUGUACAUUCCUAAAGUCAAUGGUGUGACUCAAAGUAUUCAAAUAAAAUGUGAAUGCUUCAUAAAUAUUCUGUAUUUUUACCAACCAAGCUUCUGGCUUAUGUCACUAAAAUUAGAAACUACUUUGCUAUUAAAAGUAUGCACCUUUCAA